CGACCUCAACAUGCAGAACAACAUGGGUGAAUUCAUGGACCUGUAUGUGCCAUGGAAAUACACUACAAUCAACCUCAUCAUUGGUCCCAAGGACCGUGCAUCCAUCCAGAUGAAUGUGGCCGAGGUUGACAGGGUCACAGGCCAGUUUAAUGGCCAGUUUAAAACCUACACUAUCUCUGGGGCCAUUCUCAUGAUGGGUGAGUCAGAUGAUUCUAUUCUCCAAUUGACUAAAGCUGAUGGAAUUGUCUCAAAGAAUUUUUGACCAGAAG